AUGGAAGAUAAAGAACACAGACCGGACCGUGAAUCCAAGGAGAAAAUUAUUCAAAUUUUUUCAGAUUUCAUGACAAGGAUCACAGUGUUUGAAGAACUAGUAGACGUUGGAAGCAAAUUACUCGUCGGCUUUCAGCAAGCACUCGGGUUUUUAGGUAGGCCUCGAAUUGAUAAAACUUCUGAAAUGGCAAUGCGCAUUAUGAGAACUCGUGAGACUAAAAGGCUUAAAUCCUAUGUUGAGGCUGGAUGUGUGAAAACUGAUGACAGUAUUCAAAAUUUAAACAAGUACCAUGAUGGCCACUGGCUACGAAGUUUCCGGCCACCAGAAAAGGCACGACCUUUAGAACUUCCAUUGUGA